CAGAAACUCUAAAUGACCGAAAACAUGCAAUUGGCAAAAAGACAGUUGAGGAAGGCUGUUCAAAGGAUCCUAGACAAUGUGAACGAUGAGACAAUAGCCAAGCAAUCGAGAGCGGUGACGGCGGCGUUACUGGCAUUACCGGCAUUCCGGGAUGCAAAACGGAUAAGCGUCUUUCUAUCUAUGCCGAAGCAUGAGAUUCAGACGCUUGAUAUAGCAUCUGCGGUGCUGCAGCAAGGUAGGCUGGGGUGCCGCCUGAUAAUCUCAUCGCUCACCAUGUCUACAGGCAAGUUCCUUUUCGUACCACGCAUCAACGCCUCAACUAUGUCAAUGGUACCAAUAUCAUCCGUAUCAUCCCUUACGGCGCUUCCCCGGAACAAAUGGGGUAUCCCUGAGCCCACAGAAGAGGAUCCAGCAGAAGAAGCAUUAUCAACAGGCGGUUUGAAUUUGAUUGUAGUCCCGGCAGUCGCUUUCGAUCGGGAUAUGGCAAGGCUGGGACACGGGAAAGGAUACUAUGAUAAGUACAUAAAAGCGUGCGAGGAGAAAAUGGGACGGAGACCUUUGCUGGUGGGUUUGUGUUUGGAGGAGCAGGUGGUGGAGGUUGGAAAAAUUCCUAUGACGGAUUGGGAUGAGAGGGUUGAUAUGGUAGUGCUCGGUGAUGGAAGUGUAAUGAGACGAUGA